CGGCGAGGAUAAAGCAAGAUGGCGUCUGACGGUGAAGACAUUAUUGCAGUCGUCACAGUUCAGUGUUCUUAAUCUAUGCCUCCAUGUACACAUAUAUGUCCUUUAUUAGACUCUAGUAAAUAGAGUAAACAUCGUUAAUAACUGUUUGCAUCCGGUUAUAUUAGUCUGAGCGCACUUUGAUGCUUCUCGAGCUAGCUUAGCCUGCUAGUUAGCUUAGCUUGUUAGCUGCUAACAAAGAGAGGCGGAAGUGAUCAAAACACAUCACUAAGUAAAGAUCAAGUGUGAGUGUAAAGUGUUGUGAUUGUGUGAAAAUGUGCCAAAGAACCACAGCAGAGUACGAGGAGGAACUUUAUCCAACAAAAGAGGAGAAGGAGCAACAACAUGAAAAACAUCAAGUUGUGUUACACAGAACAGACAUCCAUCAGCUGAUUGGACACCAAGAAGAAUGUCUCCCUCAUCUGCAGGGGGACAGUUUCACUGUAAAGUAUCCACAGCCCUCACAUUUUAAAGGGGACAAGGAGGUUCCACAGCCCUCUUAUUUCAAAGAGGAAGAGGGGGGAGAGUGUCCUGUAGGGCAGGAGGAGGCUGAUGUCAGCAAGUUUCCCCUGACUGUUGUCUCUGUGAAGACUGAAGAGCAUGAAGACAAACCACCUGAGUCCUCACAGCUUCAUCACAGUCCAAAUGUCUGUGAAGAACAUCUUCACCCUGAGCAACAGAAGUGGAGCUUCAGGAUGCGGACAGAGGAGCCACAGCCCUCCCACAUUAAGAAGGAAGAGGAAUACCCACUGAUAUCCCAUUUUAAAAAGGAAGAGGAGGACCCACUGACACCCCAUUUUAAAAAGGAAGUGGUGGAUCCACUGACUCCUCACUCUAAGGAGGAAGAGGAGGACCCAGUGACCCCUUACAUUAAAGAGGAAGAGGAGGAAGAGGGCAUCAGUCAGCCUAAAUGGUUGGAGGAGUUCCCAGUGACUGGUGUCCCUGUGAAGAGUGAAGAUGAUGAGGUGAAAGGUGAAAGUGAGGAGAGGGGAGGGGGGGAGCCUCCAAGCAGCAGCUCAACACAACACAUGACAACAGAAGCUGAUGGAGACCACUGUGGAGGAUCACAAGCAGACAAGCUCUUAGCUCCACUAUCAGAUAGUGAGGACACAACGUCACACUCUCCUGACACUGAUGAUGAAGACUCUAAAGAUGAUAAGACAUGUCACACUGACAACACUCACUUCACAUGUCCUCACUGUCACAAAACUUUUAAAUACCAUUGUCGUCUGAAAUCACACAUGAGAACACACACUGGAGAAAAACCUUUUUCUUGCUCAGAAUGUGGUAAAGGUUUUACACGAAGUCAACAUUUGAAAGUACACAUGAGAACACACACUGGAGAAAGACCUUUUUUAUGUUCAAUCUGUGGGAAAGUUUUUAUUCAAAGGUACUAUUUAAAAUCACACAUGAGUACACACACUGGAGGAAAACAUUGUUCCUGCUCAGAAUGUGGUAAAAAUUAUACUCAAAGCCAUAAUUUGAAAACACACAUGAGAAUAGACACUGGAGAAAAACCUUUUUCAUGUUCAAUCUGUGGUAAAAAUUUUACUCGAAGGCAAAAUUUUAAAACACACAUGACAAUACACACUGGAGAAAAACCUUUUUCAUGUUCAAUUUGUGUCAAAAAUUUUACUCAAAGGCAAUCUUUGAAAGUACAUAUGAGAUUACACAAUGGAGAAAAAAAAUGUUUCCUGCUCAGACUGUGGUAAAAGUAUCGUACUAAAUCAAAGUUUAAAAGUACAUAUGAGAACACACACUGGAGUAAAACGUUUUUCAUGUUCAAUCUGUGGUAAAAAUUUUACUCGAAGGCAACAUUUUAAAACACACAUGACAAUACACACUGGAGAAAAAACCUUUUUCAUGUUCAAUUUGUGUUAAAAAUUUUACUCAAAGGCAAUCUUUGAAAGUACAUAUGAGAUUACCACUGGAGAAAAUAAAAUUUCCUGCUCAGAAUGUGGUAAAAGUUUUGUAAUAAAUCAAGGUUUAAAAGUACAUUUGAGAACACACACUGGAGAAAAACCUUUUUCAUGUUCAAUCUGCGGUAAAGAUUGUACUCAAAAGAAGCAUUUCAAAGCACACAUGACACUACACACUGGAGAAAAACCUUUUUCAUGUUCAAUCUUUGGUAAAAAAUCUAUUCGAAGGCAACAUUUAAAAACACACAUGAGAAUACACACUGGAGAAAAACCUUGUUCCUUCUCAUAAUGUGGUAAAAGUUUUGUCAUAAGACAAAGUUUAAAAGUAAAAAUGAGAACACACGCUGGUGAAAAACCUUUCAUAUGUUCAGUAUGUUGUAAAAGUUAUAUAGAAGGACGACAAUUAAAAUUACACAUGAUAUAGCACUCUGGUGAAAAACCAUACUCCUGUUCAAGCUGCGAUAAAAGCUUUGGUCACCUAAACACUCUUACAGUGCAUAUGAGAACACACGCAGGUGAGAAAGUGCUGAGUUGCAGUGUGUGUGGUGAAAGAUUGUCUUCUAAGUAGCAGUGUAAGAAACACAAGUGUGCUGGUGAGAACAGCAGCAGCAAAUGAAACUGCAGGAUUUGAAAUAAACUGUCCAGACUUUCAUUUUGACUUUCUAACAACAUCAGCACAUAUAACAUGUGUGACAUCGUUGUUGAUUAGUGUAACACAAUCUUGUUAAUAUGAUUCUAACAUUUAUAGAUUAGACACUUCAGAUUAGUGUGUUUAUUACAGUCAAGUACAUGAGUUAAUAUACACAUUUGUGUACUUUGAAAUGAACACAACAAUUUGACUGAAAAGGUGAGAAUAAACAGUACAUACAAUUAUGUUACAUACAAUAAACAUUGUAUGUGUAAAUAUCCAUAAUUUACCUCUAUACUUAUUCAUAAUAGUGUUUUAUAUGUUUUUUGAAAAAUGACGUGUUACAUAUUUUAUUUUCUAAUUGUAGAUGAUUCCAUAGAUGAACUCCUUUAUAUGAUGUACAUAUUUGUUUUACAUGUGUUCAUACCUUUGCUUUUGAGUACACAUAAAUCCCUCUUAGUUCAUAUUUACUGGUUCACAUCUGAAACAUCUUCUGGACCACUUCUGGAAGCAUAUUAUUAUUUACUUUAUACAUCAUUUGAACAGUUGUCUUUUAUACAAGAUCUUUUACUUUUAUAAUGUGUGAUUUUUUGAAUAAUUUGUUGAGUCUCUAGAAUCCAUUCUAUUAGUUGUCUUUAUUACUUUCUUGUGUAAUAUGAUGAUUGUUGUGUGAUUGUUUUAUAUGUAUG